AUGUGUGUUGACAGCAAAGCAAUUAAUAAGAUUACAGUGAACUGUAGGUUUCCAAUUCUCAGUCUGGAUGACAUAUUAGAUCAGUUGUCCAGCUCUAAGAUCUUCUCAAAAAUGGACCAUAAAAGCGGAUACCACCAAAUCAGAAUCAGGCCUGGAGAUGAGUGGAAGACGGCGUUUAAGAUGCAGCAUGGAUUGUACGAGUGGAUGGUCAUGUCCUUUGGACUAUCCAAUACACCCAGCACUUUUAUGAGAAAUUUCAGCACUCGGAUUGCUCCUAUCACGAAGUGCCUUAAAGGACGUGAUUUUCAGUGGACCAAGAAGACAGAGGCCAUCUUUCAAUUAGUUAAGCAGAAGAUGACAGAGGCCCCAAUCUUGGCACUUUCGAAUUUUGAGAGUGUGUUCAAGGUAAAUUGUGAUGCGUCUGGAGUUGGCAUUAGUGGUGUUCUGAACUUUGAAGCAUUGGUGUCAUUACCUGGUAUAGAGAGAGUUCGUCCUUAUCAUGAGGCCUUGAAGUACAUCAAUGGUCAGCACAGGCUGAGUAGGCAACAUGUAAAGUGGGUAGCGUACUUGCAGGAGUUUACAUUUGCACUAAGGCAUCAAGCGGAAAGUUUGAAUCGAGUAGCAGACACAUUGAGCCAUCGCACAUUACUCCUCACCAUUAUGAGCACCAGAGUUGUCAGGUCUGAAGCAUUUCUUAAUAUGUAUGCUGCAGAUCUUUCCUUUGGGAAGAUAAUUCAGGAGAUCAUUAGUGAACUUCAUAACGAGGAACAUUUUAGGCGAGAUAAAACAUUGGUGUUGGUUUCUUCUAAUUAUUAUUGGCCUAAAUUGAGCAGUGAUGUGGCGCAUUAUGUGGAACAGUGUUAUGUAUGUCAGAAGUCCAAAGGAGCUCUUACUAGUGUUGGACGCUAUACGCCAUUACCUGUACCUGAAGCUCCUUGGUUUAAUACAGAAUUUGCCUAUAACCGAUCAAAGAACAGAACCACAGGAUUGAGUCCAUUUGAAGUUACCUAUGGUCAAAAACCAUCAGGAGUACUUGAUUUAGCCCUUAUCCUAUGUGUGGGUCGUUUCAUUCACAAGGCUGAUGAGAUGGCAGAACAUCUCCGGGGUAUCCAUGAACAGGUGAAGUUGUCCAUUCAGGAGAGUAAUUCCAAGUACAAAGCUCAGGCAGAUAGUCACCAUCAUUAG